AUGUCUCAAACCACUCAGACCACCUUGGACAAAACCAUGGCCAAGCUCGAGCGUCAAGAGUCCCUCCUCAGCAACACCUCGGAGCUCAUGUUCGAUCCCAACGAGGUCGUGGAAGACGACGAAUUUCUUCAGGAUGCCCAGAUCGUCACGGCUGACAGCGUCUACAUGCCAGUGGUGAACCUCGAGGCUAGCUUCAUGCAGCCAUACGACGAGGAGAAGCUCAAGCAAGAGCUGGCGCAGAAAGAGGAAGAAUUGAUGCGUGCCAUGAGAACCCGACCCUAUCGCCAGCGCUUCCUCUCCGAGUACAAGCAGAAGAAGCUUAACCGCGGGACGGAUGCUGAUCGGAAGCUCAUCGCGCUGUGCGAGACUGCCUGUACGAUUGCGGAUUGCAAAUUGGAUGCUGACCUGUAUGCCACGGGAGAGGAUAUGAGGACUGAUGAGCAUGCUUAUAUCUGUCUGUACGGGCUGCAUCCGUCGGUCGUCAACGGAAUCGACUACACGCCCACCAUUGCGGCAAUAGACUUUUACGCCAAGAUGGUUGCUUCAAAGGCCCACUUGGUUACUCCGAUCUUCCACCGUCGGUUCGCGGAUUUCCUCAGGGCUUUGGAGGAGUCAGGGUAUGAGUCUGGGUAUGCGGACAGAGACGGACAGUCCUCUCCGGUGUACAAGGCUUAUAGCGCGUAUGUGGAUUCUAUGGAGACUGAGAUCGUUAACAUCCCGGAUAAAAUGUGGCGGUAA